AUGAAGAAUGAAGAAGAAGAAGAAGAAGAAGAAGAAGCAUGCCGUAGGCAUAUCUUUAAGAAACGAUGUAAACACUAUGAACAAGCAGCAACAACAACAACAACAACAACAGCAAUAACAACAAUAACAACAAUAACAACAACAACAACAACAACAGCAACAACAAUAACAACAACAAAAACAACAAUAAUAACAACGACAACAAGAACAACAAGAACAACAAGAACAACAACAACAACAACAACUACUACUACUACUACUACAGCAACAACAACAACAACAACAACAGCAAUAACAACAAUAACAACAACAACUACUACUACUACUAUUACUACUACUACUAUUACUACAACUACUACUGCUACUACUUUAUCAAUUUGUUAUUUGUAUACUGAAAUUAAUUUAACAACCAUUUUUUUUGUUUUUUUGAGGGUAUAG